AUGAAGCUUCUUCACAGCAUUUUCUGGCUCACAGCCAUCAUCCAGCUAUCAUUGGCAUUGACAUACAAGCAAUUACAGGAAAAUUAUUUGAAAGGAGCCAAUAUCCUCAAAAUUGACAACAAAAAUUACAAACUCAUAGAGGAGGCUAGGGAGGACUUUGAGCUCGUUCUCUUCAUCACUGCUAACGGUGCAGACGUGAAUUGUAGGCUGUGCAAAGAGUUCCAAACUCCUUUCGAAAUCCUCGCCAACUCCUACGCUACCAAUAAAGCCCAUUAUUCAGAGGAAGAGAUCGGUAAACCAGUGGUAUUUGCUAUAAGUGAUUUCACUUACUCCAGAAAGUUCUUCGAAGCUUUGAAACUACAAAACGUUCCAAAGAUCUUCCACUACGCUAGCACUGAAAAGGCAUCUAGUGCACUGAAUGUCGAUGAUGAAUACGAUUUCACUGCCGCAGAUCUUAUUACCCACUUACGUAACUGGAUCACAGCAAAAACUAAGGUUGACCCCAAGUUGUUGGAAAUCCAUAUCCCUCCCAAUUACAACGCAAUUGCCACUAAUUUCAUGGUGGCAUUGAUUAUUCUAAUAGUCAUCUACAAAAAGUACGAAUUGAUCCUGACUUUCUUAGGAAACAAGAAUCUGUGGCAAGGUCUUUCGAUGGUGACAAUUGUUGCAUUCAUUGCAGGGCACAUGUUCAACACAAUUAGAAACACCCAAUAUAUCAUGGUGACUCAGGGCGGCUCUCCAGUAUAUAUCCAGCCUGGUCACCAACAACAAUUAGGGGUUGAAACUCAAAUCGUUGGGCUAAUUUACGGAUCAUUAUUUGCCCUUUCCGUUUUGCUAUAUAAAGCUGGAGCAAGCAAAGAAGGAUCAUCCGGCUGGCUAUCUAUUCUGAUAAGCGUUUUAGUAUUUUUAUUGUACAGUGGAUUGAUAGGAGUGUUCCACCUAAAGAACAUGGGCUAUCCAUAUAGCUUGAUACAUCUAUUUUAG